AUGCAGACGAACGUUUGGCCCACUAUGAAAUGGAACGAUUACCAAAUGCAAUGGGACCCAAGAGAGUUCGAUGGGAUUAAAACUAUUCGAGUUCCUCCAGACAAAGUUUGGCUGCCGGAUAUUGUUCUUUUUAAUAACGCUGAUGGUAAUUAUCUGGUUUCAUUCUACUCCAAUGUAGUCGUGGAGCACACUGGUGACAUGCUAUGGGUUCCUCCAGCGGUAUAUAAAAGCAGCUGUUUGAUUGAUGUGGAAUUUUUCCCGUUUGAUGAGCAAGUGUGCUCACUCACUUUUGGUUCCUGGACUUUUCGAAAGGACGAGUUGCAAUUAUCGUAUCUCUCAGGCAAACGUCAUGUGGAACUGAACGACUAUUUGCCAUCCGGAGUUUGGGAUUUGAUGGAUGCUCCGGGAUUGUUGAUUGACGAACGCUCCAAAAUUUCUUAUCAAAUAAAGAUAAGGAGAAAAGCAUUGUUCUACACAGUUAUUCUAAUUAUGCCAACCGUCCUAAUGGCUUUCUUGUCCAUGAUGGUAUUCUACUUACCUGCUGAGUCAAGUGAGAAAAUAACUCUGGCUAUAAGUAUUCUGCUUGCGUUGGUAGUGUUUUUGCUUGUGGUUUCAAAGAUAUUGCCACCAACCAGCUCCACUAUCCCAUUAAUGGCUAAAUACUUACUCAUGACUUUUAUAAUGAAUAUGAUAACUAUUAUGGUGAGUGUCAUCAUCAUCAAUGUCUACUUCCGAGGUCCUGCAACACAUAUCAUGCCGACUUGGUGUCUUCCUGUACUUUUCGUCAUGCGAAGGCCUGAAAGUACAGAGAAAGAGUUGGCAAAAAUGAAACGCGAGAAACGUGAGAGGAGAAGCAUGAAAUCUGCACUCAAGACGUUUUUCAAGAGGAAUGAUGCUAAACUGAUAACUGAUCAAACAAAACAAGCACUGACUAGAAAAGAGGGAUCGUGUUCAGAAGAGAAACUAUCAUCGGACGCUAAAAAAGCAAUCGAGGCUAUCGAAUACAUUACAACGCAUCUAACACACGACAACGCCUUCAAACGGCAACGUGAAGAAUGGAAAUUUGUGUCUGUGGUGAUUGAUCGAUUACUUCUCUAUCUUUUUUUUGGAGUUACCACUGGCGGUACAAUGGGAAUACUUUUAUCAGCACCCAACGUUUUUGAACAUGUGAAUCAAACAACAGUUAUAGAAAGGCUGAAGCAACAAGCUGCGGAAGAAAUGUUGAAUUCUUGA